GUGUUGAAAGCCAAAGCCAUCAGAACAGAGCUACCAGUCAACUGCUACACUUCUAGUAAAAACUACCAUAAAAAACUGCUUACUGAAUUGAGAAUGACUGGUUUUACCAGCAAGAGCUUGGUCCUGGCUUCUUUGAUGGGGUUGUUGUUGCUGUACUUGUGUGGUAUUUCUGAAGCACAAAACAACCAAGACUGUUGUCUCUCAUACACUAAAGUACCACUGCCUCGACGAGCUAUAAGAGGUUACUCAGAACAGCUGUCAAAUGAAGUAUGCGACAUCAAUGCAAUCAUUUUUCACACACGGAGUGGGAAGAAGGCUUGUGCAGAUCCACAUGCACACUGGGUGAAGAGGCAUCUUUUUUGGCUGAGCAAAAAGCUUGAAAAGAUGUCAAAAUAAUGCGGUUUCUGAAAUGGAACUCAUGCUGAGGUGGCUGCAGAACCUAAACUAGGUUGGAAUUGUCGUCUUGUACACUGUUGUGUGCUUACUGACCCCUACUCUUGGCUUCUUUGGAACCGUUGAACUCCUGAAGUUGAUUCAUAUUGCAUCACACAUUUACUUGAAUUGUGCAUUUUGUUAAAGUAGCUGUUUUCUUUGCUAAUAUUUACUGUUAGAUAAGUAAGUGGAGGAGGAAGGGGACAUAUAAGCUAUUAUACUAUACAAAGUAUGUGCUGCACGGCAGGGGUGUCAAACUCACCCCAGACCCCAGGCUGGACUGGACUGUGAAGGCUCUUUCUGGGUUGGAUCUGUGCAGUCAGCAGCGACUGUGGUGGGUCAUGGUGUGGGGUGAGUGGUGAGGAUCCAAGGGCGAGUGGCAGCAUGGGCCAGGCAGCUGGGGUCUGGGAGUGGGUAGCAGCAGAGGUGGGGAAAUUGGGU